AUGGCGAAGAAAACCAUCCAUGUGUACUGGGGAACAGCAACAACAGGGCGGCCACAUGUCGGUUAUCUGGUGCCGAUGAGAAAAAUAGCUGAUUUUCUUGCUGCCGGAAUAAAGGUGACAAUACUAUUCGCUGAUCUUCAUGCAUUUCUGGACAAUCUAAAAAGUACAUGGGAUUUGUUGGAUAAUCGAGUUAUUUAUUACGAAAGAGUGAUAAAAGCAUUACUCAGUGCAUUGAACGUACCGCUGGAUCAACUGCAUUUUGUACGAGGAACAUCCUUCCAGCUUACGAAGUUCAUCCAGGAGUACACGUCUGAUUUACUUCGACUGUGUAACAUUGUGACGAGACGUGAUGCUUUGCGCGCUGGAGCUGAAGUUGUAAAGCAAGUUGCUUCGCCUUUGCUAAGUGGUUUAAUGUAUCCGUUACUACAAGCGUUAGACGAGCAGUAUCUUAAAGUAGAUGGACAAUUUGGGGGCGUUGAUCAGAGGAAAAUUUUCAUCUUGGCUGAGGAACAGCUUCCAAAACUGAAAUUGGGAAAACGGUUUCACCUCAUGAAUCCUAUGGUGACUGGUUUGCAGGGAUCCAAAAUGAGCAGUUCGGAGGAGGAUUCGAAAAUCGAUUUACUGGACUCAGUUGAAAAUGUAUGUAGAAAAAUUGAUGCCGCCCGUUGCGAUCGUAAUUCCGAGGAUAACGGUGUAUUGGCAUUUUUUGAGCAUGUCUUAUUUCCUAUUGCUUCGCCGAAGCCGAUGAGUGUCGGUGGAAUAGACUAUCAGGAUUAUGCAAAACUUCGUGAAGCGUUCAAUGCAGGAAAAUUGUCGGAAGAUAGCUUGAAAGGAUCUGUCAAGGUGACAGAUUUUACCAUAAUCAUUUACUUCCGAAAUUUCUAA